CCUCGUCCUCGCCCUCCUGUCCUAGCUGUGGCCCCCCGGGUCCCGGCGCCCACUCCCUGGCUCUCCGCGCUCCGCGCCAGCCGGCAGAACCAAAGUCAACUCACACUUGUGGGCUCGCUACCAGGACAUGCGGAGACUGGUGCACGACCUCCUGCCCCCUGAGGUCUGCAGUCUCCUGAACCCAGCAGCCAUCUACGCCAACAACGAGAUCAGCCUGCGUGAUGUCGAAGUCUAUGGCUUCGAUUACGACUACACACUGGCCCAGUAUGCAGAUGUGCUGCAUCCUGAGAUCUUCAGUGCUGCCCGUGACAUCCUAACUGAGCACUAUAAGUACCCAGAGGGGAUUAGGAAAUAUGACUACAACCCCAACUUUGCUAUCCGUGGCCUCCACUAUGACAUUCAAAAGAGCCUUCUGAUGAAGAUUGACGCCUUUCACUAUGUGCAGCUGGGAACAGCCUAUAGGUCAGUGCUGACUCUGCCCUGA